UAGGAGUCCAGGCCCUAAUGAAUAUUAUGCAGAAUUGGUACACGCUCUUCACACCUAUCGAGGCUACAACUAUCGUGGCAGUGACCGGGACCACACAUGCCACAUUGCUAAGGCUGAGCCUGGGUUCAGGGCAACGGGAUGAGCUGUGCAGUUGUGCCCGGACACUGGCGUUGCAAUGCGCCAUGAAGGACCCGCAAAACUGUGCCUUGCCAGCCCUGACCCUAUGUGAGAAGAACCACGCGGCCUUCGAGGCAGCCUACCAGAUUGUGCUAGAUUCCGCAGCCUCAGCUGGCAUGGGCCACUCCCACCUGUUCACCAUCGCCCGGUAUAUGGAGCACCGCGGGCUGCCCGUUCGUGCCUACAAGCUGGCUACCUUGGCCUUCUCGCACCUCAACAUUGCUUUCAACCAGGACACCCACCCAGCGCUCAACGACGUCCUGUGGGCCUGCUCCCUCAGCCAGUCCCUGGGGAAGAACGAGUUGGCGGCCAUCGUCCCGCUCGUCAUCAAGAGCGUGCAGUGCGCCCCCAUGCUCUCCGACAUCUUGCACCGUUGGAGCCUUCCUCCCCCAGGUCUCGCUUCGAUGGGCGGAGGGCGCCGUGGGGCAGGCGGCACGGGUACCGGCGGGAAGCUCUUCGCCAUGGACAAGGCCCCCCUCUGUCAGCUGCUGGAGGCCGCCAUGGCGGCUUACAUCAGCACCACCCACUCGCGCCUGACCCACAUCAGCCCACGGCACUACGGCGAAUUCAUUGAGUUCCUGGGGAAAGCCCGCGAAACUUUCCUGAUGGCCCACGAAGGGCACCUACGUUUCAGCCAGUUCCUUGACAACCUCAAACAAACUUACAAGGGCAAGAAAAAACUCAUGUUGCUCGUCCGGGAACGGUUUGGCUAG